AUGACAUCGCUGACGUGGGAGCCGGAGCAGAAUGCAGUGGACUGCCUCCACGCACAGCUGGAUAACACGGGACACGCAAGUUAUAUGACAGAAAUUAUAACAACUACUACAACUGUUAAAGAGAUGAUAGCAAUAAUAAAAGCAAUCUUAAAAAUAAAAAAUAAUAAUACUAAAAAAGUUCUGAAUAUUGAAAGAUCAGAGAAAUGCAUGCUGUGUGACGCCCUUACAACCCCUUCAUUUGAAGUAACGCAUCAAACAUUUUCUAACUUAUCACUAAGCACGAUACAGAAACUUCAUCAACAGAAACAGCAACAGCAACAACAAUGCAACAACUCUACAACAACAACGAAAUAA